UUUGCAGUCUGUACACAAUGUCUGUAUCCACCAUAAUUGAGGAUUUAAUAAAGUGUUACGACCCUUCAAGCGGGAAGAUUGACGAUCUCCAAUUAGCAGUCUCUAAUCUACCAAUACAAGAUGACAUAGUUAAUGUGGAGCUCGCAACCAAACUAUGGAACUUCACAACCAGGCUGACUGUUGGGAAAGCGGUCGAGACGACCUUGCAAUUGCAAGAGUACGACACCAAGCAUCGCUUGUCGUCAUGAAGGGCGGAAAUUAUAAUCUUGCAGUGACAAUGGCUCUCAAAGCUGCAGUAUCUUGGGCUCGAGCAGGUGAAAUAGUUGAAGGCUAUCAGAUCUUAAAAGAAGUUGAGGAAAACAUCCCCACUGAGCGUACACUGGAAUUCCUGUCAAUCAAAGCCCAGUUGGCGUGUUUUGAAGGUGAUUUGGAAAAGGCAGAGAAGCUUCUUCACUCUAUCUCUGAACAAAGCAAAGAAAUUGCUUCUGCUACAUGUUGGGAAAUAGCUAUUAACUUUUACAAAGAGGAGAAAUUGACUAAUACACGCUACGCUGUGGAAAGGGCGAUCAAGUUCGGCAAAGGAAUCUUACCAAACGUCAAGUUAUCUCGGAUGUACAGACUGCUGACAACUUGUUGUUUUGAAGAAGGAGCUGAUGUGAGCACGUGCAUCACCGCUGCACGGCUAGCGACACAGCUUGACCCUUGUGCAGAGUCCCAACUCUUACUGGUCAAGUGUCUUGCUGUUACGGAUAAUGGGGACAUGUUAGUGCAGCAGUUAGAGGAGAUAAAAAGUAACCUGCCAGACUGGCUGAGCGAAGCACUAGACAUUGUGUUGGAGUACGGUAAACCAGUUACCACGGGAGAGAUACUGUCCAGAUACAAUAACUUCACUUCCUGUAACACCCAACUACUUCUCCUCAAAUCUCAACUCUCACCUGAUAACAUGGAAAGUAUUGAGAGAGUCAGUAAAACACUAGAACUACUGAAGAACACCUCUAGUGGUACAGAAGAUACUGAUCUCCGCAUCAAGGCACGCGAUCUUCUGUGGAAGGCAGGAGUGAACAUGUGGGAAAAGUCCGAGUUUAGUAUAUCAGAACAGUUGUACACUCUGUGUCUAGACUUAUCAGAUACCACAGAUAGGAUGAAGCUGCUUCGAAACAUUGCUACUUGUCAGAUGGCACUUGGUAACGUUACCGGAGCCGAGACGACGCUUUCUCUUGCUAAUUCAGGGGACCCUAACGAGACUGUGCUUCACUUCCAGUUAGCUUUGUUAAAAGGCGAAGAGAGCAAAGCACUGGAGCUAAUCAGCAGUAUAAAAGAGGAGAAACUGCUCCAAACAGCAGCUAUGUUAGCUUUCAAGACUAAUCAAGAGACGGUGGCUAAAGAGAGUUUACGAAAAGCUGUCCUCGCGUCUAACGACCCCCUGUUCAACCUACCAGCUAUCAGGUGUUUACUACGACUAAGCAAGACUCCUGAAGAGGACCUGAAGCUGUUUGAACUAGUGGAGAAAAUGCAAGCAGACCACGUGUCGGAAUCGGAGCUUGCUUACCUCGCUGAUACUGCCUGGAACUGCUCUCUCAAGGCUAAACAAAACUACGAGAUAAUGAAGAAGCUAUUAGAACAGUGUACGAGACUAGUAACACGCAUGAAGACGCCUCUAACUCCGCAAUACUACCAGAGAAUUAGGAACUGUUACCUGCUCAUGACGGCCGCCUGUCUUCAACUAGCGGACCAGACAGACAAUCAGAUUACAGUUUCAGAGCACCUACACUCGGCCAUGGGGCACAUCUCCCAGUUCAAGUUGCUAGGUAACGAUAACCUAGAUCAGACAACUACCCUGAUGUUACUUCUCUACGAACUGGAGUGUGCUGUUAAACUAGAGGUGCCGGAAGCAGGAGAACUAGUGAAGUGUGUCAGUACCGUGCCCUACACCACAACCAGAACUCUAGACAGGGUUGUCAGGAUCUGUUCCCUCAGCACCGACCACGCCCUCUCCCACACCGCCAUCAGGUAUGCAAUAGAGAAACACCUACAAGAAUCAGAGCCGAACUGGAAUACUAUUAGUCAACUGUUUAUUCGACUGAGCAAACAUACGCCUGACUUCACCCAGGUCUUCAAGCUGUGGUCUCAGUACGCCUCCAAGUUCCCAGAAGACGAGGCUGCGUGGAUGGUAUGCGAAGCCUGGAACCGCGGCGUAUCACGUGACGAUUUACUGUCACGUGACGACGUAACGCGUGAGUUGUGCCAGCUUGCGUUAGAAGUCACGCAAUUGUUACCCAGCUAUAGAGACGUGUAUCAGCAACAUAUGAGACCUAUUAUUGAACAACGUGUGACGAAGGGAAGUAUGCGUAGUUAGUGAGUUUGGCUUCCAGAUGAUAUUGAUUUAUUUAUGAUUUACUCACGAACACAUCAUACAUACACAGAUCACAGUUGAACAUUUUGUUUCUCGUUGAACUGUUUAAUUAACUAUAUUUUGAGUAUUUCUUUAUACAGUAGUUAUUAAAUUUAAUAAGUUGAUAAAUCAUUAAUUUUUGUAUUUGUAAGAUCCGGAAUUUCGAUUCCUAUAAGAAAUCAGAUGAGAUUACUCAUAUAAUACUGUAUAUUAUGUCCAAAAGAAUUCUGAUACAAAUAUAUUUUGUAGUUUUAAGUAUUAUAUGAAAUUACACGUUUUAAUUUAUUUCAAACGUUCAUUAAAUGUCAAAUUAUAGUUUCAAAAAGCUUUUCAUGACAAAAAUCAUUUUGUACUUUAAAUUUGAUUAUAUUUGUUGAGGUUUUGUUAGAUAUUUAUUAACUUCAAUAAAAUGAUGUCUAAGUUUGUAAUAAUACACUUAUAAAAAUCAUUAUAGAUGCUUUUUGAAGUUGAUAACAAAUGAAAAA